AUGGGCGGGUCCUGCGAAGGCAUCGACAUGGACCUAGAUGCAGUCUAUCGUGAGGCGAUUGAUAUGGCGCGAGUUGCAGUCGCUGCGAUGGAUGGGUACACCACCGAUGCAACUGUGAGAGCGAGCCUGCUCACUUUCUUUGGCAUCCAGGAGGACCCAUCUACGCACACCGUCUCUGCUGGGAGCGCUGCUCGAUUCUCCACGGUCCGGGCGAACUUGCAAGAGGUUAUUAAUGACUCGCAGAGGCAAUUCAGUGGUCUCUUCCCUUCUCUUUUCUGCUCGGAGAAAUGGCGUUGGAGUACUCGAUAUGAACAUUCUAAAAUUACCGGAAAACCAACUGGAAAGCUGUUGAAGUCUAUCAACCCGAACACAGAAUGGCUGACCUGGUCCCCGCGGUUCAAAGAGUAUGGCCCGGACUUUGACAUGUGUCAAGGUGAUGUCCUGGCGUUCACAACAUCCCAAGCAGCAAAACUCUCAAUUACCCUCUGUCCUCGGAUCUUCAAAUAUCCCAGACGCAAGGUGAUAGUGUUAUAG